AUGUCGCUCACACAAUUAGCUUUGAAAGGUUCUACACUAAACGUGGUUUAUCUGGGAAUUGGGUUCACGUUGCCCUUUGUCCUUUCCGCAAGGGAGUCCAUCAACUGGAAGAGCACAUCACACGCGGAUAUGGGUGUGAACAGGCAUAGUAGAAACAGAUACUUCCCAAAAAUGAUAUAG